ACUUUCACUUCUGCUUUCCCCAAAAUGACAGAGAAGCCAGGAAGAAAGUUGUGACCUGUUGCACCAGUCACAGCUGAGCACCGCCUCCCGUAGCACUGCCUCCCACACAGACCCUAUCUACAAGCACUGCAGCCUGUUUCCCAGCCUCAGGAUGGAUGUCCAGGAAACCUCCAAGUUGCUGGAUGAAGAGCUGUACUCUCGGCAGCUGUAUGUGUUGGGUUUGCCAGCCAUGGAGAGGAUUCAGGGAGCCAAGGUGCUGCUGUCAGGCCUUCAGGGCCUGGGGGCUGAGAUAGCCAAAAACUUGGUCCUGAUGGGCAUAGGCAGCCUCACUCUUCAUGAUCCCCACCCCACCUGCUGGUCUGACCUGGCUGCCCAGUUUUUCCUCUCAGAGCAGGACUUAGGAAGGAGCAGGGCUGAGGCAUCUCAAGAACUUCUGGCUAAGCUCAACGGAGCUGUUCAGGUGUGCAUCCACAAGGGUGACAUCACCGAGGACCUGCUGCUGCACUUCCAGGUGGUAGUGCUGACUGCCCUGAAGCUGGAGGAGCAGCUGAAGGUGGGCAGCUUCUGCCACAAGCAUGGAAUCUGCUUUCUGGUAGCUGAUACCCGAGGCCUCGUUGGGCAGUUGUUCUGCGACUUUGGUGAGAACUUCACUGUGCAGGAGCCUACAGAGGCAGAACCCCUGACAGCUGCCAUCCAGCAUAUUUCUCAGGGGUCCCCUGGCGUUCUCACUCUGAGAGAACAGGCUGAUGCCCAUCACUUCCACAACGGGGAUUUGGUGACUUUCUCUGGCAUUGAAGGCAUGGUGGAGCUCAACAACUGUGCUCCUUGGCCUCUCCGCGUGCGGGAGGACGGGACCUUGGAGAUUGGGGACACAUCCACCUUCUCUCCUUACUUGCGUGGUGGAGUUAUCACUGAGGUUAAGAAAUCCAAGACUGUGAGCCAUGAGCCCCUGGACAUAGCCCUGCUCCAGCCCCGUGUGGUGGCCCAGAGUUCCCAGGAAGUUCACCGGGCCCACUGCCUGCAUCAGGCCUUCCGUGCACUGCACAAGUUCCAGGAACUCAGCGGCCGCCGUCCUCAGCCCUGGGAUCCUGUUGAUACGGAGAUGGUGGUGGACCUGGCCCGGGCCCUGGAACCACUGAAGGGGACAGAAGGAGAGCCAUUGGAAGAGCAGCUGGAUGAGGCUCUAGUGCGGACAGUCGCCCUGAGCAGUGCUGGUAGCUUGAGUCCCAUGGCAGCCAUGCUGGGUGCAGUGGCUGCCCAGGAAGUGCUGAAGGCAAUCUCCAGGAAGUUUAUGCCUCUGGACCAGUGGCUGUACUUUGAUGCCCUUGAUUGCCUUCCAGAAGAUGGGGAAUCUUUCCCCAAUCCUGAGGACUAUGCACCGAGAGGCUGCCGCUAUGAUGGGCAAAUUGCAGUGUUUGGGGCUCAUUUUCAGAAGAGGCUGAGCCACCAGCACUACCUCCUGGUGGGCGCUGGUGCCAUUGGCUGUGAGCUGCUCAAAGGCUUUGCCCUAGUGGGCCUGGGGACCAGAGGCAGUGGGGGAGUGACUGUUGCUGACAUGGACCAUGUGGAGCGCUCCAACCUCAGCCGGCAGUUCCUCUUCAGGCCUCAGGACAUUGGUAGGCUGAAGGCAGAAGUGGCUGCAGAGGCUGCUCACCGCCUAAACUCACACUUGCUCGUGACCCCGCUCACCUACCAGCUGGAUCCUACUACAGAGCACAUAUAUGGGGACAACUUCUUCUCCAGUGUGGAUGGUGUGGCUGCCGCCCUGGACAGUUUCCAGGCCCGGCGCUAUGUGGCUGCUCGCUGCACCCACUAUCUGAAGCCACUACUGGAGGCGGGCACAAAGGGCACCUGGGGCAGUGCUUGUGUGUUCGUGCCACACUUGACUGAGGGCUAUAGAGCCCCUGCCUCGGCAGCAGCUUCCGAAGAUACCUCUUACCCCAUCUGUACUGUACGGUACUUCCCCAGCACAGCUGAGCACACCUUGCAGUGGGCCCGGGAUGAGUUUGAGGGACUUUUCCGUCUGUUUGCUGAGACCAUCAACCGUCACCAACAGGCACUCACUCCUCCAGCAGACUUGGAUGGGCCACAAAUGCUGAGCCUGCUGCAAGUGGUGCUGGGUGUUCUGAGAGAGCGUCCACAGACCUGGCGAGACUGCGUGGUGUGGGCCCUUGGCCACUGGCAACUACGCUUCCAUUAUGGCAUCGAACAGUUACUGAGGCACUUCCCACCUGAUAAAGUUUUGGAGGAUGGAACUCCUUUCUGGUCAGGUCCCAAACAAUGUCCCCAGCCCUUGGAGUUUGAUGCCAGCCAAGACAUGCACCUCCUCUUCGUGCUGGCUGCUGCCAACCUGUAUGCCCAGAUGCAUGGGCUACCUGGCUCACAGGACCAGACUGCACUCAAAGACCUACUGAAGUUGCUACCACUGCCUGACCCCCAGUACUUGGCUCCCAUUUUUGCCAGUGACUUGGAGCUGACUUUGGCUUCUGCUGAGUUUGGCCCUGAGCAGUUGAAGAAACUACAUGAAGCCCUGGAAACCUGGAGCAUGGGUGCUCCCCUGGAACCCCUGAUGUUUGAGAAGGACAAUGACAGCAACUUCCAUGUGGAUUUUGUGGUCGCAGCAGCUAGCCUGCGAGCUCAGAACUAUGGGAUCCCACCAGCCAACCGUGCCAAGAGCAAGCAAAUUGUGGGCCGGAUUAUCCCAGCCAUUGCCACCACUACAGCGGCUGUGGCUGGCCUGGUGUGCCUGGAGCUGUAUAAGGUGGUGGGAGGGCCACGGCCCCUCACUGCCUUUCGCCACAGCUAUCUGCACCUGGCUGAAAACUACUUUAGCCGUUGGGUACCUCGUGCCCCAGCCAUCCAGAAGUUCCAUGACCUGAAGUGGACCUGUUGGGACCGCCUGGAAGUGCCUGCUGGGCAGCCCAAGAGGACCUUGGAGUCAUUGUUGGCCCAUCUCCAGGAACUACAUGGGCUGAGGGUGAGGAUGCUGCUGCACGGGCCAGCCCUGCUCUACUCGGCAGGAUGGUCGCCUGAAAAGCGGGCCCAUCAUCUCUCCCUCAGGGUGACAGAUCUGGUGCAGCAGAUAACAGGACGAGCACCUGAGCCUGGGCAGCGGGUGCUUGUACUGGAGCUCAGCUUUGAGGGUGAAGAGGAGGACACUGCCUUCCCACCCUUGCACUAUGAGCUCUGAAAAGGCAGCAGCCCCACUAUCCAGCUCUGUCAAGCCCUGUGUCCCAAGCCCACAGUAGGUGCUCAAUAAAUGUUUGUUGAAGGAA